AUCUUAAUUCAGUUUAUAUUUGCUGCUUCUCUAUGUAAAAAACGCUUUGACUUUAUUAUACAAUUAUAGUGUUGAAUAAAAUUAAAGAUUUUAUCGUCAAACACUUGUUUUGUCAAAUAAUUAUUGAAUAAUUAUUAGUUUAUCAGACAUAAUGUAUAGAAAAGUGAUUUUAUUUGUUAUGUUUAUUACAUUACAAAUAUUGGUCGUUAUAUUAGCUGUUAAUAGUCGUCAAGUGUUGGCAUCGGAUGAAAGUCAACUGAAAAAGAUCUCGAAUUUAUUGCCUAUAAAAAUGCUAAUUGAAAGACGAUAUAAUAGAGAGUCGCCCACAUCACGCGAUGAAGUGGAUUAUAUGAAUAAGAUUAUCACUAUGGCGUACAAUAUGCCAGCACUUAAAAAUAAAUUUAUGAAUUUUGUCGACCAAAAGGAUGGCAUCAGAUUCAAGAAGUCAUAUCCGGACAACCAUUUGGUGGAUACCGACACCGACUACACCAUUGACUGCUCUAAAUGCGAUCAUCACUGAUGAGUGAGAGUUAAUACUAUUUAUAUCUAUAUGAAUGAAAAAUAUUUUG